AUGAAAGGAGGUAGCAACAAGAAGGGCACCCGCAGUCACACGUUCGGCGGGUGUAAAACUUGUCGCAGACGUCACGUAAAGUGUGACAAGGUUCGACCUACCUGUCUCACUUGCAGAGCGGUUGGCGCAGUUUGUGGAGGCUUCAGCCAGGAACUGAAAUGGGUUGAAAACCCGAGCGGAUCCGGUGGCGGCGAGGCCAGUGCCCACCCAGAAGGGCAUUCAGUGAGGCGGUAUCUAUAUACAGGUGAUUCCCUAGCGGAUGAGAUUAAUCUGAGCCAAGCUGACAAUGUGCCAUCAGAAGCGAGCCGGGAGUCGAUGAGCAAGGCUUUGCGUUCGGGCUUCGCACAAAAGCCUGUUGACGAAUCUCUCUCAGAGCUCGACGCCAGGUGUCGAGAUGGAGCCCCAGGCUCUGCUAAUGAUCUCGCGGUGGGCCCUUUUGGGGCCUUCAGCCUCAAUCCUCCACCUCAAACGAACAUCCCUCGCAGCGAUUCACCUCGGCCAAUAGUUGAACAACAAACCAUUGAUUCCUUCCAGGGAGAGAAUGCCUUGCCGUCUGUUGAGUCUGUCGGCAGCUUGAGUGAUAUGCACGACUUCCUGGACUGGCCUGAUCUUUUUGACCUGGAGCUGGCAAGCUAUGACAUAUUUCCGCAGACGUUUGAUGGUGAAGCUCAGGAGAUUUUUCCUGGCCAGGUUUCUCCCGUCCCACAGAUCAACAAGUAUGAUGAUGUCGAACUUGAAAGACGUAACAACCAUCAUGGCAUCAUCCCUACGUCCUUGGUUUCCAGAGACAGGGAGACAAGGGUGACACUCGCCGAGGUGGACCCUGCGGAAGCGCAACUACUUCUCACUCACUUUAAGGACCACGUCAUUUCUCAGUUGAGGAUCAUGCCUAUCGAGAAGAAGUCGCCGUGGGAGGCCAACAAUCUGAAUUCUGCAAUCAUGACCUUGGCAAGGCUGACUUAUAUGACUUCGCAACCGAUAACUCACGCCGCGCUGGUCAAUCUGCAAGCGCUCCUGGCUCUGUCGGCAAAGAAUCUGGCAGCUCAGGAUGCGCAGCAUGAUGAAUCUUCUUCAGUAUAUUGGCAAGACUUCGCAACCAGCAUUGUUAACAAGGCAAAGGAAAACUUGCAAUGCUCCUUACGCAACGAAACCAGAGGCACGGGCGCCGCCAAGUACAAAGACCAACUCAUGGCAAUUCUCACUAUGCUGACAUAUGCCCCUCAGACGGGGCCCAAUCCUCGCUUGGACGACUUCCUUCGACUCAACACACCAGCCUCUGACAGCGAGAUUGAAGCUGGAGCACAAAAGGACAAUGAAACUGGACAGCGUGAUAUCCACCUUGAAGACAGCCGAGAAUUUCUCCGGAGCAUGUAUACUGAGCUCUACGGGAUUUCGGAGACUUGGCUAAGCCUCGUGUCACAAACGACGAGAUUAGCGAAUGUCAUUGACAGUUUGGAAGCCGACAAGAACCGACCCGAUAUCACAUAUAUGGAAGCCAUUGAACGACGAAAGCAGCGACUGGAAAACAUGGUCUGCUCAUUUGCGGCGAUGGACCGUCAAGAUGUCAUCCACCAAGCGCCUUCUACCGCACAAAGACCAAGUAUUGAGACUGCCCGCGACUCAAUGGUGCGUGCGUUGAACUCUGCUCUUGUGAUAUUCUUCUACCGGAGAAUCAGGAGGGUCAACCCGUGGAUUUUACAAGAACAUGUCAAGAGCGUCAUACGGGCUUUGAAAAACUACGAGACUUCGUGCAGGGACGCUAACAUCCAGGGAACCGGCUCUCCCUGGCCUGCAUUCAUGGCCGGGUGUGAAGCGCUGCAACCGUCACAGAGAGAGUACUUCAGGGAUUGGUUCGAUAGGAGUUUCGCUAUAACUGGGUUUGCAAGACUUAAAACAGCGAAAGAUUGCGUGGAGGAAGUAUGGAGGCGUCGCGAUCAACCCCUCGCCGCAGAUGGCACGAGAAACCGCGAUCAAACCCGCACGUGGGAACAGAUCUCGAAAGAACGGAACUUACAUUUCCUGCUAUCUUGACCAAUACCAACGAUGCCAACAUCACCGAUGGAGAUUUCCAGAGACUCGGCACUUUUGCUCAUGAAUUCACAACCUUAAGUCCAGCACUUUGCAAAAUUUUGCCUAAUUCUGCUCGCCGUUCACCAGUAAGCAACUUGAAGGGCUUCCUUAAUCCUCCAGUGGGAUAACCGAGCAGCUCCAUGGCCGUC